CAGAAUGACUUAACCCACACAGCACUCGAGUCCCCUAAAAAAAAAGAACUCGAGUCGCAGUCGUCGUAGCUGCAAGUAGAGAAGGAGAGAGAGGGGAGAGAAUCUAGUGCUACCCCAAUGGCGCAAAUCAUCGACGGCAAGGCCAUCGCCGCCGAAAUCAGGCACGAGAUCGGCGCCGAGGUCGCCGCGCUCUCGUCCGCCCACAACAUCGUGCCGGGGCUGGCGGUGGUGAUCGUGGGGAGCAGGAAGGACUCGCAGACAUACGUGCAGAUGAAGCGCAAGGCCUGCGCCGAGGUCGGCAUCCGCUCCUUCGACGUCGACCUCCCCGAGGACAUCUCCGAGGCCGCGCUCGUCGCCGAGGUCCACCGCCUCAACGCCGACCCCGCCGUCCACGGAAUUCUUGUUCAGCUUCCAUUGCCCAAGCAUAUCAACGAAGAAAAUAUCUUGAACCAGAUCUCCAUUGAGAAAGAUGUCGACGGCUUUCAUCCUUUGAACAUUGGCAAGCUCGCAAUGAAAGGCAGAGAUCCACUGUUUGUACCUUGCACGCCAAAGGGAUGCAUGGAGCUCCUGUCACGAAGUGGCGUCACUGUAAAAGGAAAACACGCAGUUGUGGUUGGGCGUAGCAACAUUGUGGGUUUACCAGUAUCCCUUCUCCUUCUGAAAGCGGACGCAACCGUGUCGAUCGUGCAUUCACGGACCCCAAAUCCCGAAACAAUUGUCCGUCAAGCAGACAUUGUCAUUGCAGCAGCUGGCCAGGCCAUGAUGAUCAAGGGAGACUGGAUCAAACCAGGCGCGGCGGUCAUCGACGUCGGGACAAACUCCAUCGACGACCCAACCAGGAAGUCUGGGUACAGACUCGUUGGCGAUGUGGAUUUCUCGGAGGCGAGCAAGGUCGCGGGUCACCUGACUCCGGUCCCCGGAGGCGUCGGGCCGAUGACCGUGGCGAUGUUGCUGAAGAACACGGUGGACGGCGCCAAGAGGGGUAUAGUCAGCUGAUUUGCUGCGUGAUUUGGUAAUGUGGGGAUGAUGUUGUAACUGGGUGCCUAGACUAAAAUCGGUUCCCCAUUUUGUCAUGGCUUACGCUAUUUCGAGAUCAAUAAACGACGCUCAGUAGCUCACCA